ACCCGCCGGGCAUCCAGGGGCUUCAUGAAGAAAUCAUGGACUUUUAUGACUUCAUGUCCCCGCGUCCUGAAGAAGAAGUUAUGAGAAGAGAGGUAGUGAAAAGAAUAGAAACUGUUAUCAAAGACCUCUGGCCAACAGCUGAUGUUCAGAUAUUUGGGAGUUUUAGCACAGGGCUUUAUUUGCCAACUAGUGAUAUUGAUUUAGUGGUUUUUGGGAAAUGGGAGAGCCUCCCUCUGCAGCUGCUGGAACAAGCACUACGGAAACACAAUGUGGCUGAGCCAUAUUCAAUUAAAGUACUUGACAAAGCUACGGUACCAAUAAUAAAGCUUACUGACCAGGAAACAGAAGUAAAAGUUGACAUUAGUUUUAAUGUGGAAACCGGUGUGAAGGCAGCUCGACUUAUCAAAGACUACAUGAAGAAAUACUCAUUGCUGCCAUACUUGAUUUUAGUAUUAAAACAAUUUCUCCUUCAGAGGGAUUUGAAUGAAGUUUUUACUGGUGGAAUUAGUUCUUACAGCCUAAUUUUAAUGGCAAUUAGCUUCUUACAGUUGCACCCACGAAUUGAUGCUAGGAGAUCAGAUGAAAAUCUUGGAAUGCUUCUAAUAGAAUUUUUUGAACUGUAUGGAAGAAAUUUUAAUUACUUGAAAACUGGUAUUAGGAUAAAAAAUGGAGGUGCCUAUAUUGCCAAAGAAGAAAUUCUGAAAGCCAUGACUUAUGGUUAUCGCCCAUCCAUGUUGUGUAUUGAAGAUCCUCUCUUGCCGGGAAAUGAUGUUGGCAGAAGUUCUUACGGUGCCAUGCAAGUGAAACAAGUUUUUGAUUAUGCCUACAUUGUUCUUAGCCAUGCUGUGUCUCCGCUUGCCAGAUCAUAUCCCAACAGAGAUUAUGAAAGCACUUUAGGGAGAAUAAUCAAAGUGACACAGGAAGUAAUUGAUUACAGAACUUGGAUUAAAAAUAAAUGGGGAAGCAAAGUUAACCUGCCAGCUGAUCUUGAUAUUCAGAUGAAAAGAGUAGAACCAGUGUCUCCAUUUACUGUAGUCCAGAACAGAGAUGCUGAAUCGCUAUAUGGCCAGCGUUUGCCAUUGUCCUUCAGUGGUUCCCAGCAGUUGUCGUCGGGUUCAUCCACCUCUUCCGUUUCAUCUCUUUCUGGCAGCGAUAUUGAUUCGGAUACUCCGCCUUGCACAACUCCUAAUGUCUACCACUUCAAUCUACAAGCACCAUCUCAGCUUACGAUCAGCUUACCACACACAUUGCCUCUGCCCAGUGGUAAAACGCAGUCUGUGCCUGCAAGAACCUUGAUCAUGGCAACUAACAAUCAGCACAGCGGAAUGAAGUUUUCCUUGAAGGGUGCUCACAGUCAUAACCAAUGCAGUGAAUACAAUUCUGCCAGCAAUGGAAUCAUGAGGCAGCCAGUUGGCAACAGAGGUCACCACCAAUAUAACCGUAAUAUCUGGAGAAGAAAGAAGCAUAGAGACAGUUUGCCUAUUAGCCUUAGCAGAUGAUGGCUGACUGAAGGGGUCUGCUCUUGACUAAGCCAUGGAGUGUGAUGCCAGGCUGGGGCGGGGGGACUCAAGACCAGCGCUGAGUGCAUCCGUUUGAGUGUGUUGCCAAAUAACUGCAUUCAACAUUUGCAUGUUUCUUUGUGUGGUGGUGGAGUCCAUCUAAAAAGAAAUUUAUUGUGCUUAUCUGUGAAGCCUUAUACAACGUGGAAGUUUUGUCUUCUCCCUAUCUAUGACGUACUACAGUGCCAAAGCAGCUCUGGUGUGAAUACUGUGUGAGGACCAUAAACGCCAUGGCACAUGUGCUGUAGUUGCGUUUGUUUGUUGUGGAAUUUUCUUUGUUUCAUCAGAAAAAUUACAGAUGGUUUGAACUUUACUUUUCUCUUGUAGAAGAUCUUUGCCACUUUGUAUGCUGCUGCCCCCCCUUUUUUUUGCUCAAAAGUUUCUUUGUUCAAAGCAUAAUUUUAGUUCAAUAACUCCACAAAUAUUUUAACUUGCAUAAUGGUAUGAUUAAGUUAUGUUUAAGAGAUGGAGAAUUCAGAGAGUGGGGGAUUCUUUCAGUUUUGGUUUUGCUUCCACAGAUUCUUGAAUUUUCUAAGUGGGGUUCACAGUUUAGGAGGGCUUGUCCAAGCAGCUCCAUCACAUUGCUGAUACUGUAGGUUUCUUAACCUACAGUGGAACUACUAAUUUGGCUUUUCUUUAAUUCAAAAAAAUAUUAAGUUCCAAAGUGUUUUGACCCCUUCUUUUAUUUUACUCAUUAUUUGACACCAGUUUGUCACUAGAAAGAUGGGGCACGGUCUAGUGAACUUGUACAACUCUUCUUCACUUCAACAGGAAUCGCAGAGUAGGACAUCUCACUAGAUCGUACCUUCAGCUUAUUAAAAAAAAGCCUUUUUUGUUUUUCUUGGUCAGAGCAAGUUCCAAAUAUUUGACAAAUGGUUGGUUAUGAUUUGCACUCUGGGUCUAAACAAUGUUGCUGACUAAAAUAUCCAACCUGAAGAAUGGGGAGAAAGGAUUUGCGUUGGUUCUGCUGAGGAAUCUGUGUUGUGGUGUGCAUUAAUUGUGUCAGGAGCAAAUUCCUGAAAUGUACACUUCAGAUUUUCUGUGCUUUUAAAGUAACUUUUUGUUAUCUUGCAGAAGGGGCACUGCCCCAUGCUUCCUGGGCAUGCACACACACUCUCUUUCUCAGAUGCAUACAGGUAUACUAUGCAACUGUAUAUCACCAUGACAACUCUUAACUUUUUUUAAAGCAAAAAAUGUACAUCCUUCAUAGCUCUGGGUUUUUAAAAAGCACCUCAUUGCCAUUGGUCGCAUCUUUUCAUGCUUUUUUUUUUUAAAUGAACAUUCUUAAAUCUCCAGAGCCCUGUCUUACUAGUUCUGCUUGAACUAGGAGCCCAGAAAGAAUAUUUAAAUGGAGAAUCAUCUUGCUCAUCUUUUGUAUUUCUGAAAUGAAGAAACAAAUGUUCUUAAAAACUGAUCUUUGAAUGUUUGAGAUGGACUUAUUCCUGUGAAACUAAGCUUUAAUAUCUGCCUUGGAUGUCAGCAUGGCACACACUAAAGAAACCCGUCAAAAUGGAACGUGAAAGUUUUGGGGUCCAGUAAAGAGAAGAGUGUGACAUUCCAAACUAUAGAGUAGCACAUGUCAUCUGCACUUCAUCUCGAUUCAGAGUUUAUCACAACUACAACUUGAAAAUUCUACGACUGUUCAUUAAUGAGCAUUUGUAUUAGCAUUGGAUGUACGCUGCUGUUUUGUUAUUACGGGAAAGGAAUGACAGUAUGACUUUACUGUGCCAGCAUCUGUUGGGAAAGGUAAGUCUGCAAGUACAAAAUUCCUUCCGCAGGCAAGAACGAACAGAGGCAGAAGCUUUGCUAAUGCAGUGUGUCAGUUGAGCAGUCAGCAGUGGGAAAUAAACCUAGUCAUAAGCUAUCUGAUGUUAAUUGCUCUGAACAUCUGGGUUAUGAUCUUAAGGGCUGCAUAUACAACAGCUGAUCCAAAGGACUUGUUGAAAAGUGGUUUUGGGGGAACCUGCAUUUGGCAAUAUCUGCAUUAUAGCUGCUCAGGGCCCCACAGCCGGAGGAAAAUAUAACAGUGCUUAUUCUUCCCUAGGAAAGAUGCCACAAAUAUUUUAGAAGAUGAGUAAUAACUAGUGAGCAUAUGAACAGUGAUUGAAUUUUGAAUUGCCAAGAUCUCAGUCCUCUUGGAGUCUGACUUUUUAGCCUUGACUGCUUGGUUUAACUUCACAGGGAUUUAAACAGAUGCUGGCACAAGAAAAGAUCGAAGCUUGAAUAAACCCAGUAUUCAAGGGCUGAUACACAGAUCUGUACCAUUCUUACAUGCUAGCAAUAUUGAGUAUGAACCUCCAUUACAGAAACCGCAGUGUUUGAAAUAGUGUCCAUCUUUAAAAACAGGAUAGGCUUAAGAGAAGCAGGUAUCACGUUCCAUUAGAGUCAUGGUGAACCAAUAAAUUGCACUGGCUACCACAUGGGUUAUGUUCUAUAGCACCGUGGAUAGCUGUUUAAGAUAUCAUGUUAUUCUUUUUGUGUGUAUAACUGUGUGGAAAGCUAAAAUACAUAUUUUUAUGUGAAGUUUUGUAUUCUUUGAUUUUUAAUAAACUUUCAAGGCCA